CAAAUCAUGGAAUAGAAACUUUAUUUGACAAAGGGAGCGAGCAAUGAUGUGUAGGUAUAAUUAUAAAUAAAUAAGAGAGGAGUGAAAGGUGAUGAAGAAUUGUGAAUUAAAAUGGCGUAUGGUAGAAGCACAGCGUCCUGUGUGUUGGACGGUUUCAGUCUGAACCCCGUGCCCUACCCUGUUCUGCUAAUCUUAUCACUCAUCCUCUCAUUCCUGGGCAUUUCGUGGUACUUGUCGUACGAGGAAGUGGUUGAAGCCGCCGAAGAACAAGUGGGUUGGAUGCUGUUAGCCACACCCGUCCUGCUAAUACUCAUAGUUCGUUGGUUAUCGUCCGUGGAUACUUCAGAUUGGUUCUUUUUCAACUCUUCCCCAUGGGAGAGGCGCAGGACAACCCACCAUGAGGGUGCCUCCCCUUGGGCUGUUGCUGCUUUGAUCCUCCUCGUUCUUCUGCUUCUGCACUUUCACUCCACUUUUCUUGAUGCCUGGUUUCUUUAAUUUUCCCUUCUGUUUUCACUUCCUUAAUUUCUCUUUAAUUUUAUUACUACUUUUUCAUAUUAUAGACUAUAGAGAAAGGACAGAGUAACUUCCUUCAAAAGCUUGUGAUUAUUGUAUAUGUGUAGAUUAUGGUGCUCUAUCAAUAUGAAUUGGGUUCUAGUCUUCAAGGUGCUUUGUGAUGAUGGAUGUAUCCCUUUUUCAAACAGACAAAAGAAAAAUAAAAUAUUCUUUCA